AUGGCGUGGACCGAGCCACGGUCGAGUCUGCACCCAAAGCCACUGACACCUUACAAUUUCAGGACUCACACACCGUUUUCAUCGGCCAUCCUUCAAGUCCAGCCACUAGUUUUACUGCACCUCCUUCUACUUUCUGCCUUUGCUGACCUCAGUACUGCCGGUCCAGCUCGUCCGCCUCUCCUGUCCGGACAACCUUUCAUCAUCUUCUGGGGCAUCCCAGAUUCUUCCUGCUCCGGCCGGCCAGAUCUCAGAUCUUUCGGGAUGGAACGAGAGGGCCGCGUGGUUGUCUUUUAUGAGGACACACUGGGGAACUACCCAUAUUUUGUGGACAAAGACACACCAGUUAAUGGAGGGUUGCCACAACACACACGGCUGGACAACCACCUCCAAAAGACACAGCAGGACUUGGAGGCGGCUUUACCUGCCCCAAGGUACCUCGGGCUGGGAGUGCUGCGCUGGGGAGAGUGGGUCCCCCAGUGGUCGAGGAACCGAGAGAGACAGGCCAUUUAUCUGGAGGCAUCGAGGAACCUUCUGAAGGCUUUCUUCCCUAACUGGACCCCAGUGGAGGUGGAGAAGUGGUCACAGGUGGACUUUGAGGCAGCAGCCCAGUCAGUAAUGAUGGAGACUCUACGGGAGGUCAAAAGGCUAAGGCCCAAAGCAUUAUGGGGCGUCUCCCCUUACCCCAGCUGCUACAAUGGUGAUCCAGCACAAACCAUGUUAGCCAAUUACACCGGCCAGUGCCCUGCUGCAGAGAUGGCCCUCAAUGAUGAACUUCUGUGGCUAUGGAAACGAUGCUCCGCCCUCUACCCUCUCCUCACCCUGGAGAAGCUGCAGGGUGGGACUUCUGGAGCCAGGUUUUAUUUGUCCAGUCAAAUCAGGGAAGCACUGCGAGUAUCUUCUCUCACUGGGAUGGCGUUUGAUCUUCCCGUAUUCCCAUUGGUCAAGAGCGUAUACGCCUCAACUAAUACAUUUCUGUCACAGGCAGACCUGGUGAGAACCAUAGGAGAGAGUGCUGCCAUGGGAACAGCCGGAGUUGUCAUCUGGGAGAGGAGUGAGACCAAGACAGAGAGAGAGUGCCAGGACCUGGCAGAGUUUGUCCGUAAGGUCCUGGGACCCUACUCCAGCAACGUAACCACAGCAGCUCGACUCUGCUCAGCCUCUCUGUGCCAGGGAAGGGGCCGAUGUGUUCGUCAGAAUCCGGAAAACUCUGCCUACCUCCACCUCCCACCGCCUUCCAAAGUGGUGGAGAGGGUGACGGAAAAGGUGAGAGAAUACAGUUUGACAAGUUUGAUGCCCAGUCCUACAGUAAACAGUAACUGUACGUUGGAUCAACAGCACACUAUUGACGUGAAGAUGGACAACUUAUCCCCAUUUCCUCCCAACAUACAAAAGUGA